AUGGCCGGUCUCUUACGGACAAGCCUGAUCUGGGUCACCUACGCCGUGGCCGUCGGCCUGGCCCUGGUAGUGGCCACCAUCACCACCUUCACCUGGCAGGCGCCGCGCGACAGGUCUGCUGUCGUGAGCACGGUCGCUGUCGUCAGCAUAACUGCCCUCUUGGCGACUAUUUUCCUCCUUCCAGUCGACAUUGCCCUCGUCUCGUCCACCACGAACACCUCUCUCGGCGCAAAGAAGGACUGGGCCACGCCCGAGCAUGUAGAAGGCGUGCUCUUCACCCUCAAGGUCGUUUACUACUCGCUGUACAGCUUUGACGCGUUGCUGUGCCUCAUCGUCAUACCGUUCACGUAUUUCUGGUAUGAGGAGUACGACGAGCUCGACCGGCAGGAGGAUGCCCACCGCAGCUCGCGCAGCCGGAUCUGGGGCGCCCUCCGGUACACCAGCAUCUUUGUGGCGCUCGUCGCGGCCCUCCUCCUGGUUGGCUUCUUUGUGCCCGCUGCAGGCGGAAAGAAGGGCGACAGCCACGUUGAUUUCGACUACCUCCGGCGGCUUCUUGCCGAGAACAACGGGGAGAAGGCGCUCACGUUUGGCGUCGGCUUCCUGAUGACCAUCGGCACGCUCUUGUAUGUGCUCUAUACCGGUGCCGGCAUGGCGCUGUUGCCCAUCUCAUUCAUCAAGUCGGCCCCGUCGGUUUCGGCGCCCCAGCUGAGCCAGACGACCGCUUCGGCGCUGGAACAGAACCGCGAGCGGCAGCGACAGCUGGAUCUGCGCAAUUCCGACCGGUCCGGCGGGAUGUCGACCAAGGACCGGCGCGAGCUGGAGACGCUCAUGCGAGAAGAACGAACGUUGGUGCGCCGGGAGAGGCUUGCGGCAGAGGCUCGCGGCGAGGGCCACAGCAGGAUCUUCCGGACGUGGACGAAAUUGUGUGCCGUGUUCCGGCCGCUGACGCUGAUCGGCGGCAUGCUCCUCAUGCUACUGUCGCUCGUCGUGGCCGUUUCCAUGCUCAUCACAGGCAUCGACAAGGCGGCGAACUCGAUCUGCAAGCAGCGCUGCGGCUACAUCCUCGGCCAUAUUAACGUCUUCCAGCCGAUCAACUGGAUCUUCAUGCAGACAGCCCGAGUGUUUCCCGUCGACUAUGCCCUCUUGGCGCUGCUCAUCCUCUUCCUCUUCAGCAGCUCUGUCUCGGGACUCGCGGCUGUCGGGAUCCGCUUUCUCUGGGUGAGCAUCUUCCAGUUCCGCAAGGGCCGGACUGCGCCGCAGGCUAUCCUGAUGGCGACAGUGAUGCUGGCACUGAUCAUCCUGGCACUCAACUAUUCCGUUGCCAUGCUUGUGGCUCCGCAAUACGCCAGCUACGGGACGCAGACGUUCUGUCUCAACCCACCGGCGCAUCCCGGUGAGCAGCCCGACUGCAGAGACCAUCCAAACUGGAUCAAACCAUGUUCGGAGGCGUACACGGAAGCAGCAGCAAAGGACGUGUGCACGCCGACGGUCAUGUCGACCUUCAUCAACCGGGUGACGCUCAACUGGCCGGUGUUUGGAGCUGUGGAUUUCUGGGCGCAGUUUGCCUUCUUGGCUGUCUUCCUUAUUGUGUUCACAACAUCUCUAUUUAGGACGCCGAAGCUGGACGUGUCCAGGAUGGAUGAGGAUGCUGAGGCGGAUGAGGAAGAGGGUCUGCUGGCCAGCACGGGGCGCCGCUUUGGAGCCACAUGGCAGAACAUCACGGGCCAUGCCACGCAGAAUGGCGAGUCGGGUUACGGAACGGGAUCUGGGGCAAACUGA